AUGGUCGACGGCGUCAAGACCAAGCGCCUGAUCUCGUGGCAACAAGUGCAGCAGCACUCGACGAGCGACACGGCGUGGAUCGUCAUCCACCACAAAGUCUACGACAUUAGCCAGUGGGACGCGCACCCAGGCGGCAUGGUCAUGCUGUCGCAAGCAGGCGAAGACGCUACCGACAUCUUUACGGUGUGCCACCCCACGAGCUCCUGGAAGCUCCUCGAGCAGUUUUACAUUGGCGACGUGGACGAGAGCUCUCUGUUGGCAACGACAGCGCCCGAGGCGCUGACCGACGCGCAGCGCGCGACAAAGGCCAAGACGGACGCGUUCGUGCGAGCGUACCGUCGCUUGCGCGUCCAGAUCAAAGGCAUGGGGCUCUACGACGCCAGUCUCGUGUUCUACGCGUGGAAAAUCGUGAGCACGUUUGGGCUCUGGAUGGCGUCCGUUGCACUGUGCUACUACGGCGACAGCUGGUCGCUGUACCUGCUCGCCGCGUGUGUCAUGGGUUUGUUCUGGCAGCAGUCGGGCUGGCUCGCGCACGACGUCUUGCACCAUCAAGUGUGGACCAACCACGCUAUUGGCAACGUCGUGGGUGUGGUCAUUGGCAACGUCUGGAUGGGCUUUAGCGUCCAGUGGUGGAAAAACAAGCACAACUUCCACCACGCGGUGCCCAACUUGAUUGGCAACGAAAAGACCAAGUACCUUGGGGACCCGGACAUUGACACCAUGCCGCUGCUUGCGUGGAGCAAGCACAUGGCGACCAAGGCGUACGAAUCGAGCUGGGGCCCGUUCUUUGUGCGCUACCAGGCCGUGUUUUACUUUCCCCUGCUGCUCUUUGCCCGGUUCAGCUGGCUGCUCCAGAGCUACUACUACGUGUUUGAAGGCUAUGCGUACGGCAAGUACGAUCCAGUCCAGCUUCCUAAUGGCGAGAAGCUCGGGCUCCUUUUGCACUAUGCUUGGAACCUGCUCUUGCCGAUCCUCACGGGCAUGUCGGUUGCUCAAGCACUGGCGUUCUUCGUCCUCGCCCAAAUGUCGUGCGGUGGCCUCUUGGCGGCAGUCUUCAGUGUCGGCCACAAUGGCAUGUCAGUGUACGAGCGCGAGGAUAAGCCCAACUUUUGGAAGCUGCAGGUCACGACGACGCGGAACAUUACGCCCGGGCCGUUCAUCAAUUGGUUUUGUGGCGGCCUGAACUUCCAAGUCGAGCACCACCUGUUCCCUUUGAUCCCGCGCCACAACCUGCAGCGCGUGAAUCCGCUUGUCAAGUCGCUUUGCAAGGAGUACGAUCUGCGAUUCCACGAGACGGGCUUCUACCGCGGACUCGUUGAGGUCGUGGACGAGCUGGCCGAGAUCAGCAAAGAGUUCCUGCUGGAAUUCCCCGCCAUGUGA